AUGUUGACUCGUAUGAAUUGCAGUCUUCCCUACCCGCUUGCCUCGGACGUGUCCGUGGAGGAUUAUAACUUCUUUAUCGAAAACAAAGAGAUAAGUGGAUACAAACUUGAAUAUAACAACAGCACUGUAUAUGUAGUUGAUAUGUGCUCAAAUGAACAUGAAGCUAUUGUUGCGUUGAUGUACCGGUUCUUCGGUGCUCACAGCCCUAUCAGUUCUAAUGCUCCAAUACAAUUACGUGGUCAACCACUUCAUGAAUCACCAGCUGGAGACGGUACUCGCAUUGCACCGGAUUUCGCUGUCUAUCCACAUGAGACUUAUGGUCCGAAUCCUCCAGUUCCCCAUCCUGGUCCGCCACCCAGUGAUAUAAGGGGAAACCCUUACGCAAGAAUAAUUUGUGAGAUAGCCAUAGCCCAAACUUGCUCCAACUUGAAGCGCAUUAAACUUUAUAAUGUAAUGAAUACAUGCAACAACCCACAAGGAAAAAGAGAUCGGGCAAUGAAGGCUAUACUCCGGCAGCAAGGUGUUCCGAAGCAGAAGUGGAAAUUUGGCACUGUAAACAAAGAUGGUUCCCCUACUGGUCCCACUGGAUGUCAUGGCCUGAACGACCCCAACUAUGUAAUUACAAUCCCUGUUAGUGACGUAUUUUACGAUCCAGCUAUUCCUGCAAUAGGAUAUACUUCAUUACCUCCCCCUCCUGCAACAUUGAUGAAUGCUACUUUUGCAAUCGACUUAUAUGAAAUUCAGCAAAUGGUUUUACUUGGCCAGGCAAAAUAA